AUGAACUAUUUCGAGGCCUUGGCAGAUUCUCAUAUGUCACGAUCUGUUUCGCAAUUGGGCCGCACGCACUUCAUGACGGUGGGAAUGGCUCCCAAAGACGAUAAUGCCCAUCUUUCGGUGUCUUCAACGAAUAUCAGCAAUAGCGACCUCAAAGGAGCAACUAUCAGCAAUGGAGCCAUCAAUUCUGGUCCCGGAGACAUGUAUAAUGGCAGCAUCACGAUUUAUCACUACCACAAACACCAAUGCCCUGACCCUGCAGCCCACCUGCCCAAGCAGGCAUCAUCCCAGAAUGCCAACUGUUCACAGCGGCGGUGUCGUGAUAAUCGGAAAUUGGUAAAGGCACUCCUCAAGCAUCGUUUGGCACCCUUGAGACGGAGGAAAAGGUAUGCCCGACGGCGUCUCCGGAUUAUUGUACUUCCUACUGUACCUUGA